GGCUCGCCCCGCCCGGCCCCUCGCGCUUCUCCCUCGCGGUGUGCGCUCGCGCCCCCGCAGACCCGGUGCAGACAGGCCUCUCCCUGCGCCCGGAGCGCCCAGAACCGCGGCCCCGCCCGGGUCCCGCUGCAACCAGUUUCUGCCCAGAGACAGCCUCUCAGAGCCCACCAUGUGUGGGGGGCUGAUGGAGAAGUACGUGGCUGCCAUGGUGCUGAGUGCAGCUGGCGAUGCCUUGGGAUACUUCAAUGGAAAGUGGGAGUUCCUCCAGGAUGGGGAGAAGAUUCACCAGCAGCUGGCCCAGCUUGGAGGCUUGGACGCCAUAGAUGUGGGGAGGUGGAGAGUCAGUGAUGACACAGUGAUGCACCUGGCCACAGCAGACGCUCUCAUAGAGGCUGAGAAAACCAGGGACUUGGCUCGACUGUAUUCCCUCUUUGCUAAGCAUUACCAAAACUGCAUGGAAGACAUGGACGGCCGAGCGCCAGGUGCCACCUCAGCACAGAACGCCAUGCAGCUGGAGCCGCACAAGGCCAAUGGCUGGAGGAUUCCCUUCAACAAGUACGAGGGUGGCUGUGGGGCUGCCAUGCGGGCCAUGUGCAUUGGUCUCAGGUUCCCUCACUGCAGCCAGAGGGACACACUGAUCCAAGUGAGCAUCGAGAGUGGCCGGAUGACCCACCACCACCCCACAGGAUACCUGGGUGCCCUUGUGUCUGCUCUUUUUACAGCCUAUGCUGUGAAUGGCAAACCACCCCAGCAAUGGGGAAACGGUCUGAUGGAGGUGCUACCAGAAGCUAAAAAGUACAUUGUCCAAUCAGGCUACUUUGUGGAGGAGAAUCUUCAGCACUGGUUCUACUUCCAAGACCAAUGGGAAAAGUAUCUAAAACUUAGAGGGAUUUGGGACGGCAAAUCAGCCCCUAUCUUCCCAAAGCCCUUUGAUGUGAAAGAGAGAGAUCAGUUCUACGUUUCCGUGAGCUACUCUGGCUGGGGCGGCAGCAGUGGGCACGAUGCCCCCAUGAUUGCCUAUGAUGCCAUCCUUGCUGCAGGAGACUCCUGGAAGGAGCUUGCCCACCGAGCCUUUUUCCAUGGUGGAGACAGCGAUUCCACGGCUGCCAUUGCCGGCUGCUGGUGGGGAGUUAUGUACGGUUUUAAAGGAGUGAGUCCUUCUAACUAUGAGAAAUUAGAAUACAGAAAGCGGCUGGAAGAGACAGCGAGGGCUUUAUAUUCUCUUGGUUCAAAGGAAGAUACUGUAACUGCCCUGUAGGGACGUGUGAUGUUUGUCGCUGGUGGUUUCUUCUUUUGUGUAGGAACUGUCAUCCCUUUUCUGCUCUGUUUCUUUUCACUUUUUCCGAAGUCAAGAAUCAUAACCUUGGACUCCAGGAAUUUUGAGAUCACAAGUCCCUU